AUGUCUCCGGCGCUUCGGCAUGGAAUUCGAGCCUACACCACGUUGCAGGCCACCGCCUUACACGAGUCAGUUCCCCCAGACCGCUGGUGCAUCACCCGGGCAGACCUAAAGUACCUGGGCGAGGAGGUGUGGAAGGCUAUCCUAAGUGGGGAGAUCCAGCAGCCAGAUGAUGGUAGUGACGAUUUUCAGGUCCUUGACACCACGUAUGGUCCAAGCAUCUACACAGUGAACAAGCAGCACAUCAUGCCUGUGACGGAGAAAUAUGGUAAAGUGAGCUGGGCGUUGUUGCUACAUCCGGAUGGUUUGGAUUGUGACAUCUUCAUCAGCCAUGCAUGGCAGGAGGGUGUGUUCGAGUUUCUCUCGAAGGUCCUGCAUUCUUGGCCUGUGGAUGCGCGACAUGCCUGGUGCUGCAUGCUCGCCAACCCUCAGAAUUUGGACAUCGGUUCCUUGCUGCAGUCUCCGAUCAGCUCGCCGUUUGCGCUGGCACUCAAAGCCUCAAAGUACGUUCUUGUGGUGCCAAAUCACCGCGGCAGCAUCUACACCAGGUUGUGGUGUGGCUACGAAGCUUACCGGGCCCAAGAGGAGGGCAGGACCAUCAUCCUUGCCCGAGCAUCAAACCACCAGCAGCUUGCCUUCGCCCUGUUGCAGGUGUUUCUGGCAGGACUGGUCGGCCUUCUAUCAGGCUGGAUGUUACUCAGCUACAGCGGGUGGCAAGUGCCGCUGCUACUGUCCGUUGCCGUGGGCGCGGUGUCCAUCAGUGCCACUAUUAACCAUGACAUCUCCCGCAAAGCCCUGAACUUGAUCGGUGCUUUGACCUGCGGCAUUAUCUGCGCCAACUGGAGAACGCUGUCAUCCACAUGCUUGUACUCCUCAGCCUCCUUGCCGUUCGUAGGACAGCGGCAACGUGUCAUCAGCACCCUGAGCUUUUUCCUGAGCGUGUUCUUGGAGGUUGACCGUGCCAACGGAAAAGCUCGAAUGGGCGAGGCCCGUCAGCUAAGCCAUGGAUAUGAAGGCAUUCGACAUGCAAGAUGUUCGCAACAAGCCGAUGCCGACCGGAUCUUCCAAGAAAUUGGGAAGAGGAUCGAAGAGGUGGACCACGCCAUCCACGUACUCCUUCUUGCAGGCAUGUCCUCUGCAACACUUCGGGAGAUGUCGCGAAGAGGCUUCGACAUUCGCGACGCAGGCUACGCCGAAAUUGCCGUGCCCUGUGCGGCAAUGGUGCCAGGAGGCCUAUUGACUCUUUGGACACUCACAAUCGAGAUUAUGAACGAGAACGGCUUGUUUCCAGCUUGGACUGUAUUGCUUCUGACUCGGAUCGCGAUUCUUGUUGUCUUAUGGUUUAGCCCUAGGGACGAGAGGUGUUUCAUCUUGAAGAUGAUGGCAAAAGUUCUCGCCCUCUACUUUGGCCUUGCUUGCCCACUGCUUCUGGUGUGGCAGUACUUUGAUGGCGCAAGUCCAUCCUGCACGGCACCUCCAUCAUGGACGGCCUUGGCCUUGACGGUCUAUUUGUUCAUCCUCGGGCUCGCUAGCCUGGGCAUGCGCCGGCUCGCUGAUCUUCCCUUCUGCGGGCCCUGCCUGCUGCAACUCAUCCUCGCUCGAGGCCGCCGUGUCUUCUCUGGUGCCAUCCAACCGGACUCCCAGUUCGCGAGUGACACGGACCCGUCCGACUCUUCUGACGACUCGUCGCGCUAG